AUGUUCACCAAAACUCUUGCCGCCGCGUCGGCACUGUCACUCUUUGCAUCGACUGCUGUGGCCCUCGAUGCCACCUUGAAGAACAAUGUUGCCGUCUACUACGGACAAGGGUCAGGCCAGGACCGUCUCAGCCACUUCUGUGAGCAGACUUCAAUGGAUAUCAUCAACCUAGGAUUCAUCAACCAGUUCCCCAAGGCAGUGGGUGAUUUCCCCGGCUCCAACUUUGCCAAUCAGUGCGAUGGCUCCUGGUUCCCUGGCUCUGAGCUUCUGUCUGGCUGCCACCAGAUCUGGGAGGACAUUCCCAAGUGCCAGGCCGCUGGCAAGAAGGUCCUCCUCUCCAUUGGUGGUGGCAGUGCCACCUCCGAGUCACUUCCCGAUGAUAAGACUGCCGAGUGGUUUGCCGACUUCCUUUGGUACUCCUUCGGUCCUUACAACUCCAACUAUUCGUCUUUGUCCUGGACCAGUGCCUUGCUCACCAGGGCUUUCCCCCGUCCCUUCCAAACUGUUUCGGUUGAUGGAUUCGAUCUCGAUGUCGAGUACAAUGGUGGUGUUGGCUGGGCUGCCUUUGUCAACCGUAUGCGCUGGCACUACUCGACGGUCUCUGACAAGACCUACUACAUUUCCGGUGCUCCCCAGUGCCCAACUCCCGAUGCUCAGCUGAGUGACGCUAUCAGCAACUCCGUGUUUGACUUCCUCUGGGUCCAGUUCUACAACACCCCAUCCUGUGCUGCUUCCAACUUCGCCAACGGCACUUCCGGCUUCAACUUCGACAAGUGGGUCGAUGUCAUCCAAGCCAGCGCAAACAAGGACACCAAGCUGUUCAUCGGACUUCCUGCUUCCCAAACUGCCGCUAACCCCGGCAACUACCUGACCCCUGACCAAGUCCAGCCCCUGGUCGAGACCUACAUGAAUGCCUACCCUAAGCAGUUCGGUGGUAUCAUGCUGUGGGAAGCUACCGCCGGUGACCAGAAUGUCAUUGAUGGAACCACCUACACUGAACACAUGAAGGAGAUUCUGUACGGAUGUGCCCCUCCCCCUGUCACGUCCUCGACUGCUACCCCGACUCCCUCUGCCACCUCUACCCCCGUUCAGUCUUCCACUGUCCCUCCCUCCAGCUCUGCUACUCUGUCCAGCUCUGCUGCUCCUUCUAGCUCUGCUGCUCCUUCUAGCUCCGCUGCUCCUUCUAGCUCUGCUGCUCCUUCUAGCUCCGCUGCUCCCUCUAGCUCCGCUGCUCCCUCUAGCUCCGCUGCUCCCUCUAGCUCCGCUGCUCCCUCUAGCUCCGCUGCUUCUUCCAGCUCCGUUGUUUCUUCCAGCUCCGCUGCCUCUUCCAGCUCCGCUGCCUCUUCCAGCUCCGUUGCCUCUUCCAGCUCCGUUGCCUCCUCCAGCAUUGCUACCCCCUCUGGCUCUGCUACUCCCUCUAGCUCUGCUACUCCCUCUAGCUCCGCUGCUCCUUCUGGCUCCGCUACCCCCUCUGAGACACCUUGCGAGUCAAGCACUGCUUCCAGCUCAACUGUUCACUCCAGUUCCGUUGCUCACUCUAGCACUGCUACCCCCACCAGCGCUGUUGCUCACACUAGCACCGUUACUCCUUCCGGCUCCGCUACCCCCUCCGAGACACCCUGCGAGUCAAGCACUGCUUCCAGCUCCGCUGUUUCCUCUCACACCGCUGCUCCUUCGGGCUCUGCUACCCCCUCCGAGACUCCUUGCGACUCAUCGUCUGCUGUUCCUAGCAGCUCCGUCGUGACCUCUUCCACUGGACGCCCAGCUCCCCGCCCCUCCACCACAGGAAAGCCCGCACCCAGCUCUACUCCCCUGGUCACGAGCUCUUCAUCGGCCGCUCCUGCGACAGAGUCCGGUGCUUCCUCUGGGUCCUCUUCCGCUACUGAGUCUGGUGCUUCUUCUGCCGGUAGCCCCAGCUCGUCUGGUGUUCUACCCACUAACGCUCAGUCCACUGACGCCCAGCCUACCGGCACCCAGUCCACCGGCGCCCAGUCCACUGGCGUCCAACCUACUGGCAGCACUCAACCUUCCGGUGGCAACUCAGUUACUGUGUCUUCCGGCGUCACUGUCACUGCCGCUCCAUCUGUGACUGCCGCUCCUUCAUCUUCGACUCCCGGUACCACCACCACUAUUAUUGUUACUUCUUACGUUGAUAUCUGCCCCACUGGAUUCACCACUAUCACCACCACUAUCACCAGUACCUGGUGCCCAGGCAACUCCCCUGCCACCGCUACUGCCACUGGUACUGCUCAGAUUAGCGCCCCCACUGGAACCGCUGAAAUUACCGCUCCUGCCUCCGGCUCAACCACUACUGUCGAUAUUCCUGAGGGCUGGACCACCACUGUGACUGUCUGCACUCACUGUGCUGCUACCCCUACUACUGUGACCCUGACCAAGCCCGCUGCCACUGCUCCGGUUACCACUGAGGCCGUUUCACAGACCACUGCCCCCUCUGUUCCUGAGGGCUACACUACCACUGUGACCUUCUGCCCUAAGUGUGGUCCUACUGGUAGCACUGUCACUGCCACUGUCCCCAUUUCCACUGCCACUGUCCCCGCCCCUGGCUCUGGCUCUGGCUCUGGCUCUGGCUCUGGCUCUGGCUCUGGCUCUGGCUCUGGCUCUGGCUCUGGCUCUGGCUCUGGCUCUGGCUCUGGCUCUGGCUCUGGCUCUGGCUCUGGCUCUGGCUCUGGCUCUGGCUCUGGCUCUGGCUCUGGCUCUGGCUCCGGCUCUGGCUCCGGCUCUGGCUCCGGCUCUGGCUCCGACAAGCCCCAGGUCACUGUUCCUGGCGUCGCUCCCGUGAUUCCCUCGUCCUCUCCCAAGCCCGUCUUUGGUGCUGGCGUUGGAGGCUUCCGUCCCGGCCGCCCAUCCUCUACCCUGGCCGUCCGCCCCUCCGCUUCAGCCUCGGCCGCGCACACUGUGGCUACCACCGGCGCCACUGCUGCUACUACCGGUACUGCUGCGCCCAGCAGCACUGACGAGGGUGUCUCCCCUGUCUACACCGGCGCUGCCUCCAAGGCCGUCGCUGGUACUUUUGGCAGCAUCAUUGCCGUCGCCCUCUCCAUGUUCAUCAUUCUAUGA